CAGCAAAAGGGCGGGCGGGGGCGAAGCGCUCCCUGCCUUGUCCUGCGGACCCGGGGGCUGGUGAGGGAGAGCCCCGGCCCCGGGAAUCGCCUUCUCCCAGGCAGCUGUCACAAGAGCACAACAAUCAUUCAGAAUCCAAACUGGAAGAAUCUAGCAUACUGUCACCUGCCGAAUCAUCUGAGGACCAGACAGCUGUAGUUGAAUCCCCACCAUCACUGGAUGACUUACCUGGGUUUAAAACACCAGCUGUCUGUAGUGGAAUUGCCAGUGUCUGCAGACGAGCUGAUUAUUGAGAAACUACCAGGUUCUGAGGAUCAAUUACCGCUCAUUGAAUAGUCCACAUCCAGGGAAAGCUCACCUGAGAUCAGAUCAUCUGUGGGUGAACUGUCAAGUUUUGAAGUCAAGAUGUACAUGUCUGACUCCACACAGGAUGGUAACACAUCUGAGGCUGUGUCAUCGGCAGCAGAGACUGCGUAUGAAACACCAGAACCAACGAUAUUUGAAAAUGCCUAUCAAAUGUCCAUCGAUUACGUGGAGAAACAUAACAUUAUGCAGAUAUUUCAGGAGAUCACAGAAAAAUUGGUGUACUCUAAACCUGAUGACCCCUUGCAGUUCAUACUGAUGGAGGUGCAGUCUAUGAUAGAAGCCAGGCAGGCAGAAAUGGAGAGAAUAUCAGAGGAGAACAAAGAUGUGCAAGUGCUCUAAUUUCCUGAUGGAUGGCAAUGUAUUCCCAAAUGACUGUCUCUAUGACUAUGAAGAGAACGCCAUAGAAACUUCAUCUAUCUAUUUUUAGCUAAAAGUCUGAUGAUUGGGUUGUGUGAUUCUCUGCAGCACAGCUUGGGCCCAAAAAGUCUGGGAAUAACAGAAGCAAGUAUUUGACAUAUGAA